AUGAAUCUCCGCGGUGGCCUGGCGAUACUUCUCUUCAUUCUCGCGGAUGCUGAUUGCACGAUCUUGAGGAUCGUGCAGGAAAAUCAUUUCUGUAAGUAUAAUUCGAUGUUAAGCUACCAUUUUUUUUAUUUCACGCUUAUCUUUUAAAUGUCACAGUGUAUUUUUAUAAAAUAUACUCCUGUUAGUUAGAUAUAGAGAAAGCUUUCCUUACUUUGCAAAUCACUUUUAACUUGCAAUGAAUGUACACUUAGACGCAAUUAGAUCACAGUUAGACAGUCUUUCUUUCGCAAGUUAAUAAUCAUUUAAGUCUGUCUCUAUAAAGUUACAAAUAAAAAUUGUGGAAUUACAUUUCAUCACAGAAAUUAUAUUCCAAAGUACUAUUAUAUUAGGUAGCCGAUAUUUAAUUGUUUCAACUAAUAUUAUAAAAUACAAUUGACUUUUAAUAAUUCUCACAGUUCUGACUUACAUUGCAAAUUUUUUGGGUGUUUCGAAGCCUCUUAAGCUCUCUUAACUUUUGAAAGUUAUUUAUCACCUUUAUUUUUUGAAUUGAACAUCCAUUAAUUGAAAAACGUCCAAUAUAGGUUCUAUCAAUGUCGGAUAUAAUAGAUGUUAAAAAAAAAAAAAAAUCAUCGAAUCGCUCGGUAAACAACAUUCGUUGACUAUGAGUAAAAGUCAACUAAGUGGGAAACUUGAGUUUUUAUAAUAACAGCGUGCGGAUGUCCAGCAGCGUCGCAUAGGCAGCCACGUGCGAUUCUGUCGGUGAAAAAUGUCACUUCCUCCUCUGUGGCAGAGGGAAAAGACACCGGAAGCACGACAGGUCGGAUAUUCAAUGGAAAGCCGAGUAAACGAGGCUCUUGGCCUUGGCAGGUGUCCCUGCAGCUCCUCCAUCCAAAGUUGGGAUUUAUCGGUCACUGGUGCGGCGGUGUUCUCAUUGAGCCCACUUGGGUCGUCACAGCUGCUCAUUGCAUUCACAACGAGCUUUUCAAUUUACCAAUCGGUGCAUUAUGGACGGCGGUGGUCGGCGAAUGGGAAUUAGACUCCGGUGGACGUGGCUCGGCAAGACUACCUGUUGAACGGGUGAUCCUCCACGAGAGAUUCAACAAUUAUUUACACGAUAUUGCGCUGAUGAAGCUAGCCAGGCCAGCUCCUUUGUCGAAAGUAGUGCGAACAAUAUGUUUACCAGAGCCGGAAGAGGAGCUCACGAAUGGACAAUGCGUUGCUUCUGGCUGGGGUCGAUACGGCCCCUCUCAGUCACUUUCCACUGCGCUUUUGGAAGCCUCAGUGCCAUUGCUAGAUCUUGAAAUAUGUAUAAAAGCUUAUGGGAAAUCGGUACCGCUCCGACGCGGCCAUCUUUGUGCUGGCCACACUGAUGGCUCGACCGGAAGUUGCGUGGGUGAUUCUGGAGGACCAUUGCAAUGUCGCCGCGCAGAUGGAGUGUGGCAAUUGGCAGGUGUUACUUCUUUUGGAUCAGGAUGUGCUAGACCAGGAUAUCCCGACGUCUAUACUAGGAUACAGUAUUACGUGAAAUGGAUAAGAAAUAUCAUGAACAGUGACGAUGACACGCAAUUUUUAUAA